AUGCCUAUCUGCAUAGAGUGCUCAUACCCGGUCUCGCACUUGUACAGUGCUUACAGUCGCGCCGAUGAUCGCUCCCAAGGAAAAGGCGUGCGAUUGACCCAGUGCCCGCGCUGCCAACGCUUCGCCGACAAAUACGUCGAGUACGACUUCGUCGUCAUCUUUAUUGACCUAGUACUCAUCAAACCACAAGUUUACCGACAUCUCCUCUUCAACCGACUCGGUCGCGAUGAUGACCGAUUUGACCGCUCAAUUAUCCGCCUGGGAGUCCUUCUGCUCCUCUUCGAUGUCUACUUGACCUGGGCACGUCUCGAGAAAGAUCCCUCCCUAGCGACAACAUUCAUCUCUCGCGCUCCCAUUAUCGUGCAAUACCUCUUCUUCCUCACUCUAAACGCCCUGGCCACUCUCGCGCACCACCUCACAGUCCGACUAGUCGCCUCAAUAAUUGUUCCUAAAACUUGUCGAUAUGGCGUACCAGAAACGAACAACAGCGGUGUUACCCAUAACAAUGGCAGCGCAGCCGACACAACAUCUACACCUUUCCCCUCCGGCCCUCCAACACCAACAAUCAAACCAUCCCCCUCGUCACAAGCACUGAACACCCAACCACAAGCCUCGAUGCAGCCGAAACUUACUCCAAAUCUCGCCCCCUCAGACGCGCUCUCCCCACAAGACCCAUCUUUAACCCCACAGGGUCUACACCCCUCCGCAUCCACAACUUCAAUCUCCCUUCCACCACCAGCAAGACCAGCACCCCCCGCCGCGCUUCAACAGCCCCAAUCCAAAAUAUCCAACCACUUCCCCCACCAACAGCCGCAAGCCCGACUGCAAUUAGCACCGCAUUGCUACGCAACUCCAAUCGUACGCGCAGCUCCGCACGGUACCCUGCGGAAAGAAGCCACAACAAGCAUGCUUAACGCUAAAGCGGCUCUAUCAUCUAUCCGCGACGCGGAGUACUCUUCGUCUUCGUUGUUAGAAGAAUGGCUUGCGGCUGCGGAGUCGUCGUUAAGACCAUUCUUACCGACUAGGUAUCUUACGGGCUUGUUUGAUGUCCUAUCUUCAUUGCUUUCGCUUGGUGUUGUUGAUACACAUCUUGUACUGCUGAGUAAUAUUGAGGCUCUUUAUAUUCUGCUAGGAUGUGGGUAUUUGAGGGCUGUUGCUGUUGCUGUUGCGGGUCAGAUUGCUAGGUGGGCGGUGCAGAAGGUCAUUCUUGGGGCUGUGGGGGUGGGUUAA